AUGGGCAAGCUCACUUCCACCAUCGGUAUCCCGAUUAAGCUCCUCAACGAAGCGCAGGGUCAUGUCGUGACUCUCGAAAUCACAUCCGGUGUCGUCUACCGGGGGAAGCUUUUGGAAGCCGAGGACAACAUGAACGUUCAGCUCAAGGAUAUCACUGUCACCGCCCGCGACGGCCGUGUCUCCCAUCUCGACCAGGUCUACAUUCGCGGCAGCCACGUGCGAUUCUUCAUUGUCCCCGAUAUGCUCCGUAAUGCCCCCAUGUUCCGUUCACGAGGCCAGCGCGGGCGCGGUGUCGGUUUGGCGCGUGGUAAGGCCACCGUGCAGCGUGCGCGUGGCCAGCGCGGCCGGGGUUGA